UAGCCAGAAGUUAUCAAGUGAGGACACUAUAACAGAAGUUGCUGGCUACUUUUAUUUAACAAUGGAUUCUACAUACUGUUUAAGGAUUCUUUUUGCCUUGUUUCCUGCUUAUGUAACCUGUUUGGGGAAUUAUGAAGGGAGCAUGCCAACCGCUAAUUUGCAGAGAGUUUCAGCACACACUUUCCCCGUGAUUGGCCCUGAGGUGAAACAAAUGGGAAACUGGAACGAUCCUGCUUGCGCUUAUGCUCUCCCCUGCCCCACCGUCAAGGUGAUUGUUUGCAGGAUCAAAUGUAAAAUCGUAUUCAAAAGAUUCAGACUUCUGCUAAAAGUGAUAAUCAAGAAAAUGAGCUCUGAUGGGAUUCUUCUCAAGGCCCCAGAAAGUGCUCAGAUAAACAAGAUACCACCUGAAGCUACCCACCCCAAAUUCCAGCAGACCUACAAUAUCCACAGUCAACCUACUCAAAUCUUUAAGCCUGUUUACCCCUCUCAAAGUGGAGCUCAACAUGAUGUAGCGAAGUCCUCAGUGGCCAUUUCUAAUGCAAUCCUGAUGAUGCAGGCUCCUGCAAAUGUUCAAAAUAAAGCAGAAUUCAACAAGCCCAAAGUUUAUCCUGGAUUUCCAGAGCGUAAAAUACCAUUUGCCCCUGGUUAGACCUUCAGACCUUCUAAUUUUGUACAUUUUGAGGCCAGGUCAAAAUGUACAAAAGCCUGUUAGUUCUUCAUCCCAUUGUUCCAAAGGAGUCCAAAGCCAAGAUGGCACCAGGCGUAUUACUGCCAUGCCAAGUGAGUUUGGUCAAGGUGCCAUCCAAAGGAUUUCUCCUACACUUUCCAGCAGUUACAGAGAAGCUGCACAAAACCAGCCUCAAUUUAACAGCUUGGAUUCCUCGGCCUCUAAGUGUGAAGUGACCCAGAAUAGCCCUGCAGGUUUUGGUCAACAGGGUCCAGUCAGAUUCCAGGAAGCGAACCUCUCCAUCUAGAAGCAGUUCUCAAUGUCUGCUCUAAAGUGAGUACAAUUGCUUCACUUACAGUCUACACAGAGAACGUCUAUAUUUGGUUUUUAGCAGGAAAUGAUCUGCCCUCUGCAAGCAAUACUGUAAAGUCCAAAAGUGGGAUGGUUAUUUCAGCAUUUACAGCAUCCCAGAAAUCUGUCUUUGCUUCAAGUAGUGGGCUGCCUCAAGUGUAAUUCAGGAUUUUUAUGGCUAUGUUCAGAAUGGGAUUCCAGUUUAAUUCCUACUGUGCAGUAUGUGAUGUAUGCUAACCACCAUUUAAAAAGAAAAAUGUAUAAUGCAAUGAACAUUUUCAAGUGUUUUAGUUGUAUGCAGAGGUGAACCAAG